GGGCGUAUCUCCUUUUUGACUUUUUCGUUGUGUUGGCCGCUACAGUUCUCUAGCUCUCUAGCUCUGUAACUUUAAGCUUUCUAUACAGUACAGUGACGAAGACAAUGGCUGUAAAUCCACAAGCUUUCGAGCAGUUCACUCUGAGACAAAUUCGCAUCACUGAGAAUGAGUUUGGACGAGGUUCCUACGCUGUUGUCAUGGAGCUAGAGUAUCGAGGACUGAAAUGUGCCGGCAAGAAGCUUUACCGAGUUCUCUACGAGACUGGAAUCGGGCAUGCAGCACGAAGGUAUCUGGAGGAGUGUCACCUGCUCAGUCAAACUAGGCACCCCAACAUUGUCCAGUUUCUGGGAGUCUGUUUUGAGGAAGGCUCUCAGUUCCCCAUCCUAGUCAUGGAGUUCCUUCCCACCAACUUGACCAGCUGUCUCGAGCGCUACGGUAUUCUCCCCGAUGAGAUCAACUUCUCCAUCCUCCAUGACGUCUCACUGGGCCUGGUCUACCUCCAUGGCCAAACACCAGUCAUUGUGCACAGAGACCUCUCAGCCAACAAUGUCCUUUUGUCCACCAACAUGACGGCCAAGAUAUCCGAUCUGGGGGUUGCUCGAAUAUUGAACCUGACCCCCCUUCAAGUGAGUCGAAUGACGGAGACCCCUGGCACCCCAGCGUACAUGCCCCCCGAAGUGAUGGUUGCCAACCCCCACUAUGACACCAGUGUGGAUGUGUUCUCCUUUGGGAUCAUGAUGAUUCACACCUUCACAUCAAAGUGGCCACUACCAAGUAUCGGCCAGACACGAAUCGAUCCUGCUAAUCCUGACAGACUGAUACCAGUUACAGAAGCUGAACGACGUGAAGAGUUUCUUCGAAAACUAUCCCCAGACCACCCUCUGAUGGACCUCAUCAUGCGCUGUCUCAGCAACAACCCUCAGCGAAGGCCUAGAGCAGCGGAGAUAGUGGGUCGGAUGGUGGGUGUGGUACUUGAACACCCUCCCUCCUUUGAGAACAGAGUGGAGAUGCUCCAGCGAGUGAGUGCCCUACUGACAGAGAAGAGGGAGCUUGAGGAAGAGGUUGUGAGGAAGGACUCAGCAAUCCAGGAGAAAGCAGGAGAGAUCGAGGCACUGGCGGAAGAGAAAAUACGACAAGAAGAAGAAAGUGAAAACGCUGUCGAGCGUAUGCAGUUGGUGCACUCUGUGGAAACUGAUCAAAUUAAAUUAGAUUUUAAAUGUCAACUCGAAGAUAAACAAUCUGUAAUUGCUGACAAAGAUUCCACUAUCGCUCACAGAGAUUUGAUGCUUGCCUCCAAGGACACUUCCCUUCAAAAGAAAGAAGCCACCAUUCAGAGUUUGAACGACCAGCUAACCAAAACUAGAGACUACCUGACCAGCAAACCACAGUCCCUACAGGUUCAGUUGUCCUACAGUCAGUGCUCUGAGGCUCCAGUGGAGAUGUCUCAUGGACUAGCGGUAACCAUCAAUGGCAAGGUCUACUAUGGUGGAGGAGCCUGUGAUGACGAUGAUGACGAGUACUGUGUCCACUGUUACGAUCCGCCACAAGACGUCUGGUCAACUCUAUCUAGACUUCCUGUAUGCUAUUUUGGUCUAGGAGAGGUCAAAGGUGAACUGGUAGCAGUUGGCGGUAUGGAUUCACCCUUAUCUGUGAUCAACGUGGUGCACGUGUUUAACAAAGGAAGGAACUGGAAACGGACGAUCCCACCCAUGCCCACAGCGAGGUAUUGGCCAGCAGUCGUUAGUCUCUCAACACAUCUGAUCGUAGCAGGAGGUCGAUUGGACUCUGUUACCUACACUGAUAUUGUUGAGAUCUACAACAUCAGCACCUCCCAGUGGAGCGAGACAGACAGACUACCGUAUGCUUGUGGUUUCCAAAGAGGAAUUGUCUACAAUAACACAGUGUACCUAAUGGGGGGAAGUGACGGCAAUUUUCUAAACAAGGUGUGUGCUGCUCAAGUCGACAAGUUCAUCUCAGCAGACCGACAGGAUGAUGGGAGUGCCAACAAAGCCGACUCUGUCUGGAAUACAAUAUCCAACACACCGUCUUACUGUCCCUCCCCUGUAACGAUAUCCGACACCCUCUUUGCUGUUGGUGGAGUGGAUAGUGAAGAUGAAGCCACUCAAAGGAUCUACGCCUACUCGUCCUCGAUGGACUCCUGGCUCUACGUUGGUGAUCUACCAUCUCCUAUAGCAGGAGCUGCCACUGUGUCACUGUCUCCAUCAGAGUGCCUUAUGAUUGGGGGAAGGAACAACAAUGGAGGAAUACAAUCUACUGUGUAUAAAAUUAGAACUGCAACAACUAUUUCUUAAUUGUUUUGGUAUAAUUAUAAAAUUAUAAAUAACCCAAAUUUUCAUGAUAAUUGUUUU